AUAUACGUGUUUUUUGAAGUACAAUAAGAUGAUAAGAUUGGCAAAAGUUACACGUUUAGCGGACAAUCUUUUCUAACUCCAGUAGCAUAUAAGAGACUUUCGAGUAAUUUCGUUCACACGUAUGUCGUUCUCCUGCUGGACAAGACAGAUCCAAGGAAAACUCUUAUCAUGAAGAUUUUUCUGGUAACGGCUCUGCUGUUAGCCGCCGUGUCUGCAAAUCCUCUUCUUCAUGACAGUGUGGCAACUAUUCGCAAUAACAAUACCGACAACUAUAGAUUGCCAAAUAAUUCAGUACCAAUUUCAUAUAAAAUCGAAUUGAUACCACAUAUCAAUGAAGACUAUUUUACAUUCGAUGGAGAAUCUGCUAUUGAACUUCGAAUUCUCGAACCAAGUUCUUCGAUAACUCUUCACAGUCUGGACCUUACUGUACACGAGACUUCACUAUCUUUGGUGUCCAGUACUAAUGUGAGCUACAAAAUAGCCAAUUAUACUGAGGAUGAAACAAAACAAUUUUUGAUUUUGAAUUUCGCCACCGAUUUGCCAACUGGAUUAUAUACGCUGUAUUUGAAGUAUAUUGGUUUACUAGACGAUGAAAUUUUGAAUGGUUUCUAUAGAAGUUCUUAUAUCAACGAAAAUGGUGAAACUGUCUGGUUGGCUACCACACAAUUUGAACCAACUGCAGCACGUAAAGCUUUCCCCUGCUGGGAUGAACCUGCACUCAAAGCCACCUUUACCAUUUCUAUUAAACACGAUGUUAACUACACGGCGUUAUCAAAUAUGCCAGUUGCCAGUCAAUCGGAAAUCGACGAAACUGAUAACAAAUUAUGGACGACUUUCGAAACAACACCCAUCAUGUCUACAUAUUUGGUGGCUUUUGUAGUUUCGGAUUAUGGAUACGUCAGUAACGCCGAAGGAACAUUCAGAGUAUGGACUCGCAAAAAUGCUAUUAAUACUACAGCUUAUGCAUUGACUCUGGGAGAGUCGGAGUUAGAAUAUUUACAAAAUUACACGAUGAUUCCGUUUGCUUUACCGAAAAUGGAUCAAAUUUCUAUCCCAGACUUUUCGGCCGGUGCUAUGGAAAACUGGGGCUUGGUUACCUACAGAGAAACAGCGUUGCUAUAUCAAGAGGGCGUAACUAGCUUAUCGUCAAAGCAAAGUAUCGCCACUGUUAUUUCGCAUGAAUUUGCCCAUCAGUGGUUUGGAAAUCUUGUCAGUCCAGCCUGGUGGAAAUAUCUUUGGCUGAACGAAGGCUUCGCCACUUAUUUCCAAUAUUACACCACUGACGAGGCUGAAGACAAUUGGGACUUAAUGGAACAAUUCGUAGUUCGCGUUGUACAAGCAACUGCCUUCGUAGCAGAUUCUUCUGCAACCACUCACCCCUUGAAUCAGGAUGCAUCGACUCCAAAUGAAAUUAGUUCACUGUUCGAUACAAUUUGCUAUAACAAAGGGGCUGCUGUGAUUCGUAUGAUGUCACAUUUUCUGACCUCCAAUGGCUUCCGCACUGGACUCACCAGAUACUUAAAUGACAAUGCCUAUGGGGUGGCCACGACCGAUGACCUUUGGACGGCCUUACAAGAGGUAUCUGAUGAAAUGAGAGUUUUGCAGACUCACGUUUACGUUAAAACGGUUAUGGACACUUGGGUCGAGCAGCCUGGAUAUCCAGUGGUCACUGUUAUCAGGAAUUAUACAACCGAAACAGCGGUAAUCAGUCAGGAACGAUAUUUUCAAUCUGGUGCUGGUGAUGACGGUACCCGAUGGUGGGUUCCUAUCAGUUACACAACUGAAUUUAGUCAAGAUUUUUCAUCAACGUUAGCAAAGGAAUGGAUCCGUCAACAAGACGAUAGUAUAAUCGUAGGCAUAUUUAAAUCAAUCCAUUGGCUGAUUGUUAAUGUACAGCAAUCAGGUUACUAUCGUGUAAACUAUGACGAAACAAAUUGGAAAUUAUUAGCUGAUUAUCUGAACUCUAUGUAUUAUAUAACCAUUCACCGCCUCAAUCGUGCACAACUCAUCGAUGAUUCUUAUAACUUGGCUCGUUCCAAUCGUAUCAGCUUUUCUAUAUUUUUGGAUAUUACGGUUUAUCUUAAGUAUGAGACUGAUUACAUUCCCUGGUAUCCGGGGAUGGUUGCUAUUUCUCAAUUGUAUCCAAAAUUGGCAGACACCAAGAGCUUCCCGUUAUUCAGGAAAUAUUUUGCGGAACGUCUUGGACAAUCUCUUUUUUUUCUUGGAUAUGACGAGAAGGAAUACGAAAAGCAUGUUCACAAAUUUCACAGAAUAAAUACAAUAAACUGGGCAUGCAGUCUUGGCCAUGAAAUAUGCAGAUCUGUUGCAACUUCUAAGCUGGUUGCAUAUUUGGAAAAUUCAACUGCAAACCCGAUAUCGACUGAAUUUACCGCAUGGACAUAUUGCGCUGGACUUAGAAGUGCUAAUGUUACUGUGUGGGACAAAGUUUUAGAUCUUUACAUUGAGAGUCGUUCUACCAGUAUACUCAAUUAUCUUGGCUGCUCCGAAGAUGAAGAAAUAUUGGAUCAAUACUUGACAUAUGCAACAACGAGAGACUCUGACAUAUUUUAUUACGAUGCAUAUUACGCAUAUGCAUCUGUUUACAAUGGCAGCCCUCAGAACAUUAAUUUCGCUUUGGAUUACUUUAUCAAUGAGUUUGAAAGGAUAAGCACAUUCUGGUCCUCAUCGGUUCAAACGUUGCAAAUGAUUCUUGCCGAACUCGGUAGCAAGAUAACAACAAGGGAACAACUCCAGAAGUUGAAAGAUCUAAUCGCAAGGGAGAACGAUUUAUUCGGAUCUGUUGGUAGUUCUGUAAUCGCCAAGGCUGAAUCUAAUGUCCAAUGGACCGAUACUUACGAACCAGUUUUUCGCGAAUGGUUUUAUAAAUUCUAUGGACUCGGAAAUGAACAGACAAGUUCUACUACCAGUUCCCCUGAUCAUACGGAACCGGCUGUAACUACAGAAAGCCCGGAUGAUAAUGGCAAUAGUGCAGCAUCAGUUCGGUCGUUCAACUUUAUUUUGAUUCCGUUGACUAUUGCAUCUGUACAAAUAUUUCAAAGUCGUAUUUAUUGACAUUCUUUGAUGACAAGUAAAAUAUUGCACUUGGAACAAUAAAUUAUGAUGCUUU